UCAGGCACCACAUGGUCAGCUUCACCAAAGAGAAACAUUUGGGGUCCUUUUACUUCACGUGUGCGUCUGCUGCUCUGCCAUCGUGAGACGAAACCAUGCCGAAGUCAAAGAGGGACAAGAAAAUUUCGUUAACGAAAACAGCCAAGAAAGGACUGGAGUCAAAACAGAAAUUAAUCGAGGAGUUACGGAAAUGUGUGGACACCUACAGAAACUUGUUCAUUUUCUCCGUGGCCAAUAUGAGGAAUAACAAACUGAAAGAUAUCAGGACAGCAUGGAAACACAGCAGAUUCUUCUUCGGGAAAAAUAAAGUCAUGGUGGUUGCCUUGGGUAAAGGAGAAACAGACGAAUACAGAGAUAAUUUGCACAAGGUCAGCAAAUAUCUGCGAGGAGAAGUGGGAGUACUAUUCACAAAUAAAACAAAGGAUGAGGUACAAGAGUAUUUCAAUCAUUUCAAAGAGAUGGAUUACGCACGGGCAGGCAACCAGGCACAGAUGGACUUAACUCUGGAUGAGGGACCCCUGGAACAGUUUCCUCACUCAAUGGAGCCCCAGUUGAGGCAAUUAGGACUUCCCACUGCUCUCAAGAAAGGUGUGGUGACGCUGCUGAAGGACCAUGAAGUCUGUAAGGAGGGAGACGUGUUAACUCCUGAGCAGGCUCGUAUUCUGAAACUCUUUGGCAUCGAGAUGGCAGAAUUCAAGGUGCAGAUCAAAUGUAUGUGGAACUCAGAAACAGGCGAGUUUGAGAACUGUGCUGGUGAGGAAGAGUCUAUGCAGGAUAAUGAAGAAGGAGAUGAUGACGAUGCAGAAUGAAACAUCUGCAAGAGCAGGAGCUUGUACACAUUGUUUUUAAGUUGUUUUUGCCAACCUUCAACAGCAGAGGGACAUUGAUGUUGAAACCAUUCAUCCUGACUGCCAGUGCUGCCCCUGGAGUCUGUGUAAUCUCUUUCCUCUGUCCUUUUUUCCCUCCCCAAAACAUGAACUUCUGUCCUUCACCUUGAAUUUUAGCUUUUGACUGAAUUGUUGUUCAGUAAACACUGGUGACUGGAGUCAAAAGACUUAA